AUGGACGGUUUCUUUGCCAUUCUUCCCCCGAGAGAGUCCCGCCGGUCCACGAGGCCUGAUGAAAAGGGACUGCGGCGAGGGGGCUUUGUGUCCGUCGCCUCCCGCGCUUCCCUCGCCGCCGCCUCGCCUCAGGAAUCAGCGAGAAAUGUCAAUGCGUCACUUGUCAAGUUGCACGUUUCCCUUGCACGGACUUGCGGAAGAUUAGAUUUAUUAAACUUGAAGCAGUUGUUAAGCCUUCCACCUCGACUUUCCACUCCUUCCUCGACCUUCCUCGCCUUCCACCUCGACCUUCCACGCCUUCCACCUCGACCUUCCACGCUUCCACCUCGACCUUCCACUCCUUCCACCUCGACCUUCCACUCCUUCUCGACCUUCCACCUCGAGCCUUCACCUCGCCUCCCACCUCGACCUUCCACGCUUUCCACCUCGACCUUCCACGCCUUCCACCUCGACUUCCACGCCUUCCACCUCGACCUUCCCUUCCACCUCGACCUUCCACCUCGACCUUCCUUCCACCUCGACCUUUCUUUCACCUCGACCUUCCACGCCUUCCACCUCGACUUUCCACGCCUUCCACCUCGACCUUCCCUUCCACCUCGACUUUCCACUUCGACCUUCCAAGCCUUCCACUUCGACCUUCCAAGCCUUCCACCUCGACCUUCCUUCCACCUCGACUUUCCACAGCCUUCCACCUCGACCUUCCAAGCCUUCCACCUCGACCUUUCCAAGCCUUCCACUCGACCUUCCAAGCCUUCCACCUCGACCUUCCACCUUCCAACUUCCAGCCUUCCACCUCGACCUUCCACCUUCCACCUCGACCUUCCACGCCUUUCGACUUCCCUUCCACCUCGAGCCUUCCACCUCGACCUUCACCUUCCACGCCUUCCACCUCGACCUUCCACAGCCUUCCACCUCGACCUUCCACAGCCUUCCACCUCGACUUUCCACGCCUUCCACCUCGACCUUCCAAGCCUUCCACCUCGACCUUCCAAGCCUUCCACUUCGACCUUCCAAGCCUUCCACCUCGACCUUCCACAGCCUUCCACCUCGACCUUUUCACCUCGACCUUCCUCGCCUUCCACCUCGACCUUCGCCUUCUCGACCUUUCCACGCCUUCCAACCUCGACCUUCCAGCCUUCACCUCGACCUUCCAAGCCUUUCGACCCAAGCCUUCCACCUCGACCUUCCAAGCCUUCCACCUCGCCUUCCACCUCGACCUUCCACAGCCUUCCACCUCGACUUUCCACGCCUUCCACCUCGACCUUCCAAGCCUUCCACCUCGACCUUCCACAGCCUUCCACCUCGACUUCCACGCCUUCCACGACUUCCAAGCCUUCCACCUUCCACGCCUUCCACCUCGGCCUUCCACCUCGACCUUCCGCCUUCCACCUCGACCUUCCACAGCCUUCCACCUCGACGCCUUCCACCUCGACGCCUUUCCACACUCGACCUUCCAGCCUUCCACCUCGACCUUCAGCCUCCACCUCGACCUUCCACGCCUUCCACCUCGACCUUCCACCUCGACCUUCCACGCCCACCUCGACCUUUCUCGACCUUCCACGCCUUCCACCUCGACCUUCCUCGCCUUCCACCUCGACCUUCCACGCCUUCCACUCGACCUUCCACGCCUUCCACCUCGACCUUCACACAUCGACCUUCCACGCCUUUCCACCUCGACCUUCCACGCCUUCCACCUUCGACCUUCCACGCCUUCCACCUCCUUCCACCUCGACCUUCACGCCUUCGACCUUUCACACCUUCCACCUCGACCUUCCACAGCCUUCCACAUCGACCUUUCACCUUCCACAGCCUUCCACAUCGACCUUCCACCUUCCAGCCUUCCACCUCGACCUUCCACGCCUUCCACAUCGACCUUCCGCCUUCCACCUCGACCUUCCAAGCCUUUCCACCUCGACCUUCCAUGCCUUCCACACACCCUCCACAGCCUUCCACAUCGACCUUCCACAGCCUUCCACAUCGACCUUCCACGCCUUUCGACCCACACCUCGACCUUCCACCUUCCACUCGACCUUCCACAGCCUUCCACACCUUCCAUGCCUUCCACAUCGACCUUCCAACCUCGACCUUCCAAGCCUUCCACCUCGACCUUCCUUCCACAUCGACCUUCCACGCCUUCCACCUCGACCCUCCACACCUUCCACUCGACCUUCCACAGCCUUCCACCUCGACCUUCCACAGCCUUCCACCUCGACCUUCCACGCCUUCCACAUCGACCUUCCACCUUCCACCUUGAUCCUCCACAUCCUUCCACCUCGACCUUCCACAGCCUUCCACUCGACACCUUCCACAGCCUUCCACCUCGACCUUCCACAGCCUUUCCAGGUCACAGCCGAGCCAGCAGUGCCCACCGAAGGCCCGUUGUGGUGGUCCAAGUCCCGGGCAGAUCAAUAG